AUGUUAUUAGUACCUUUGUUUCAAUGUAGACUGCCAGAUAAAGUCUAUUGUGUUAACGAAAAAUGCACUGAACCUAUUUCUAAAGCCAAAACUGUUUUAAACUACAAUAGUGCUGAUCCAGACCUUAUAUCGUUCCGUGCAAACUCUGAAGCAUUAAUUUAUAUGAAAUCAGCUGGUAGCAAUCCGGAUCUAUGGUACGCCAAAAUUAAUGGCAGAUCAGGAUUUGUUAGUUCAAGGUUUUUGAAAGAAACCAAAAUAAUUGAAAAGAACCCUCAGAUUAUUGUUCCCAUUGAAAAUAAUUUAAACCAAAUUGUUCAACCUGACAAGGUUCAACAACCUCAUGAAGUUAUUGAAGGAACAACCAUUUUCACGACUGAAACUUCGAUAGUGCAGGAGGAAAGUACAACAGAACAACCUUAUAACAAAGUAACAGAAAAUUACCAACCUCCAUUCAAUUCACAUAGUGAGACUGUUAAUGGAAACAGUGAUAAUAAUGUCAACUCGCUUCCAACUGUUGAUACUAACACAAACUCCAAUGAUUUCAACAAUGCUGUUCCAGUUGUUGAAAACAGUCCCAAAGAAGUUUCCCAAUCUUUCAAUUCAAAUAGUGAGUCAGAAAAGACAAAUAGUUAUAUUGAUGUAAACUCACUUCCAGCUGUUGAUGCUAAUGUGAAUGCCAAUCUUUCCAUUAACACUGAAACUGUUCCAGCUGUAGAUAACAGUCCUAAAGUAGAAAAUUUGAAAAAUGAAUUCCAAGAUACUAUAGUAAGUAACAAUGAUAAUAAUGAGAAAGAAAGCACUCAAAAUUCAGAUAUACAAAUGACUGAUAAUAAAAUACAAAAUGUGAUACAAGAUGUUGAAGCUAAAGUUGACAAUAAUGUACAAUCUGUAACAAAUAAUGAAAAGUCUUUUCCUGAAACCAUGAUAAAUACAUCUGAAAAUGUUAGCCAGAAUAUUGAACCACCUAAAAUAGCUGAAACUCCUCAUUCUUCUGAAACAUUGGAGAAACCACAAAUACCAAAUGUUGAAAACCCAUUAGACAAACGGCUGGAGGAAAUUUUAAAAGACAAUGCACCUAAUAAUAUUUUGGAACAAAGAGACCAAAUUAUAGAUGUACUCAACCCGGCUUCAACUGAAACCACCAAUGAACCUGUAAAUGCAUAUCAAAAACAUGAUUUAGGAAUAAGUGAAAAGCCAAUCUCUAGUGACAAUACUGAACAUUCUGAAAAUACCAUUAACUCUAAGACAUUAUUACCUGUAGCAGAUUCAGCAAAAAGUAAUGAAGAGUUGAAUUCUGAACAUGUAAAAAGUAUUGAACAGUUAAGCAUUACCCUACAAACACAGAUGGAACAAAAUGUGCCUGCCAGUCCUAAUUUUGAAGCUAAUAUUGGUUCAGAAAAUCAACAAACAGCUCCUCCUCAUAUCCAAGAUAAUAGUCCCACCAUUAACAAUGACUAUCAUCAGGAACCAAAAGUUUUGAAUGAUAAUUCACAAUCACCACUUCCAACAAAUUUAGGUACAAUUCCAGAAGUUCCAAUUGGAAUUUUAGAACAAAUGAAAAGCACUAUAGAGCCAAAUACUUUGCCACCAAUAUCAAAUGUUGAAAAUAAAUUUGAACAUAUAACUGACGACCAGAAUAUGGCUACCGAACAAGAAAAACAUCGACAUCCAUCAUCUAUGAGUUUAGAAGAUGCUACAUUAAGCCCAAACAUGGAUACUUCCACAUCGCCAACAGAAAUUACAAUUGAAGACUUAUAUGCAAUGACUACAGAAACACCAUCAGUAACUGAGGAAAACUCAGAAGGGGUUCUAUCAAACAUGUAUACCACAAUAGCCGAUUUCUUGCCAUCAUCAACAGAGGCACCACCUAUUUUUGAAAACAUAUUCAACGAGAAUAUAAAUCCCCCACUUGAAUCGGAUAACAAAGAAUUUUCUAUUUUGAAGUAUAUUUUAUCAACUUACCACUCUGUGAUGGGUACCAAUGAAGAAACAAAAGCACUAUUUGCAUCUGUUGGAGAGACAUGUUUCAAAGAUGAAUAUUGUGAUGGUGAAAGUCUGAGCCAGAAAUAUAGAUUGCUAACAUUCCUUUUAACAACUGCUGGGGCAGUACUACUAUUUACUUUAGGUUAUUAUUACAUUGAAAAUAAAAUGCAAGAUGGAAAACUUAUUGGUACAAUUAAUUCAUUGCAGAGAGAUUUACUUUUCAGCACAAAGGAAUGUGAGAUUCUUAAAGAGGAGCUUGCCAAUACAAAAAAUAAAUUGACUGGCAUUGAAGACAGUUCCUUUGGAAUGGAUGAUAUGGUACAAUCACUAAAAGAAGAGAUCAAUGAACUGAAAGCACAGAAUGAGAGACUAAGAAAGUCAUUGGAUGACAAUGAGAAACUUCUUAGAGUGUCAGAGAACACAGCUGGCGAGUUACAAAAUACACUGAGUGAGGUAGAAAAUACUCUUAGUGAACUCUUGACGGAGAGAGCUCAUUCCGAAGAGCAAAUAACAGAACUAAAUGGAAAAAUUCAGGCUUUUGAAGAAGAAUUAAUAUCAGUUAGUAGAGAAAGAGACAACUUCCAGUUAAAGUUUGUUUCUGCGGAGACUUCACUUGAAGAAUUCAAAAAACAGAAGAAACAGUUUGAAGAAAUCAACAAGAAAUUAUUGGAUGCAAAUAACACAAUUGCCUUACAAAAACAUGAAAUUGAAGCUCUUAAGGAUGUUAUUAUAGAACUGAAGAAUGGAGUUACAUCAAACGUUGAUACCGCAUCUCUUAUAGAUCACACUGAAAUUAAAGCGAAAUUAUCUAAAGCAUUAGAAGAAAAGCAGUCAUAUAUGAAUAAAUAUGAGAUAGAACACAAAGAAAGAGUUCGUCUCACAGAAGAACUGCAGAGUGCUCAAGAAUCAUAUAGUACUUCCAGCCAACAAGCAGCAGAAGCCCUCACAAGGCUUGAGGUUCUUGGUAAAUAUUUCCAAGAACGAGAAAGUGAACUUAUGAAGGAAUUGAGUGCUAAAGAAUCAUUGUGGCUGAGCAAGCAAGGCGAAUCUGCAAGCACCAUAGAGAAAAUUGAACUUCUUCAACAAGAACUACAGAGAUAUAAGGAGAAGUGCGACGCGCUGACGCUGGAGCUCGCCGAGGCGGAGUCGGCGCGGCGCACGGCGCUCGGCGAGAUGGAGGCGCGCGCGCACCAGGCCUGGCUGGAGGCGCGCGCGGCGCGGCGGGACGCGGACGCGGCGCGCGACGACGCCGCCGCGCUUAGGAGGAAGCUCGCCGCCAUCGGCACGGCGGACGGCGCCGCCUCGCCGCACAGACAAGUGUCUUCCCCAUUGGACGCCGUAGAGGGCACCGUGUUACCACCGCUUCCGCCACUCGCCUUCCUGCCACCGCCAUUGUUACCACCGUUACCAAGACCACCGCCACUAGGGAGAUUGCCCUCUCCCCACCCGCCGAGGUACGGGGACCGUCGGUACUCGCCGGAGAGCCGCUACUCGCCGGAGAGUAGGUACUCGCCCGAGAGCCGCUACUCGCCCGGGACGGUGCGUUACUCGCCGGAGAGGCGGUACUCGCCGCGCAGCCGCCGCUCGCCCUACUCGCCCCGAUCCAGGAGACGAUCGAGAGAAAGGUAUACGGAGGGGCGCAGUUCACGCACUCGCAACGGGCCAGUCGACACGGAAACAGAAUACAACUCGGACAGCCCCACCCGACAGCCUCGCCGCCGUUCCAGAUACUCCAGGCAUUCAGGUCCCAGUUCGGGGUCCGGCUGUUCAUCGGAAUCGGAUAAG